AUGGAAUCGGACCUGCACCAGAAUCUGGCACACAUGUCAAAGUCACAUGGAUUAUAUGUGGAUCUAACGAAUCUGCUAGUGGACGUGGGCACGCUCCUCUCCUACUUUCACACCGUCAUUGCCGGAUGCCAUGAAUGUCUCUAUUGUGGAACGCAGCGGAGUACUCUCCAGGCAGUGCAGCAACACAUGAUGGCGAAAGGGCAUUGUAAAUAUGAUACCGCCGACGAGGUCGUUCGAGACUUUUAUGACAGUCCCCCGUCGACUGCAAUGGAGGAACUGCGCACGCGCUUCUCGGACGACCCUCAACUCAUACCACAUGCCAGAUCGAGGAAGGCACGGCCACCGAAGCAUUCGGCCAGGCAGGAUACCAACACCACAGCCGCCCUUGUCAGCCAAGUAGACCAGAGGCCGAGACCGUCCUCACAACACGAUACCGAGCUAAGAUCAGACGCUAACGAGCAGCCGUCUCGUUCUCUCAGUGAAUUGAGCACACGAGCGCUGAAGCAAGAACACACGCUCAACCACCAACUCACACAACUUCGUGCCAGUGACCGGAGGAGUCUUGCACAUCUACCAGCUUCACAGAAAAGAGCAAUACUUGCAACACAUCAUCAACAGAUGGAGAAGGCCAGGAGGACGGAGCAAGCACAACGGGGAAACCUGGAAAGUGCAGGAAACCACUUCAGUCGUCUGGGGACAAUUAGGCUGAUCCGGAAACCUCCGCACACGGGGAACGUCCACAGUUUGAACCGGUGA